UUAUAAAUCUGAGACUCUUACAUGCUUAGCUCAAAUCAUUCUCCCAUGCCUUGUUCUUCAUCUCGCUCCUCAUCCGGAUGUGUUGAAGGUGGAGCUCCACGAUGACAAGGAUGAGGGAAGAAGGUAACGAGAGUAGUUUUCAGCCAUCAAGGUAAAAGCUUUGUUCACCUCGCCAUUCUUUUCUUGACCUUCAAACCACGUAAGCUAUGUUUUCGUGCAUGAACUUUAACGUGAUUUUGUAUCAUAGCUGGGAUCGAUUUGAUAUCCAUGGAAAUGAGCCAGUUGAGAUAUAGUGUUUCGUAAAUUAGAAUUAAGAGAUCGAAGAGGUUAGGCGAUGAGAUUGUGAGUGGAGUGAGGAGUACAAUUUAUUUUGUUAUUAUGAAUUAUUAAGGUAAUUGAUUGUUUGUUUUCUUUUAUCAAUGAUUUAUUUUUCCUUUUUUGUGGGAAUUGAGAAGAAAUAAUCCCAGCAAGUCUCAUUGAUGGCAGAGAAUUGAGGAUUUCCGAGAAGGAACUAAUUAUCGAGUGGGUGUCGUGAGACCACAUCGCACCUCCUUCAGGCAUAUUUGGUCAAACCAUAUCUUCGCAUGACUUUGACCAGUUCAACUUAAAUAGUCAAUUUGCAAUUUCUGGGUCUUAUUUUAGUUGGUCAACCAGCUGCCUUCACACAUAGGCAUGGAAUCAACUAUCAAUCAUAGCUUAUUGUUUAUCUCUUAUUCGCAGAUCUACUAAUAAAGUCAAAUUUGUAGUUGAGUCGAGCCUUUAUUAUUGUUUUCCUCCAACCAAUCAUCACCUAAAAGUGACGUAUAAUACAUUUUGUCACCAAUCCCAUCGUUUGGUAAAUAAAAAACAAAAGAAAAUUCAUCCUUAUUCUUAGACCUCAGGAUGAGAAGAGAAAACCUUCAACCGAAGACUCCUCAAUGUAUCUGUGCAUUUGAGGAAGCUGAAAACAUGAGAAUCAAGCACUGGGGUUCUCCUCGGCACUCUGCACGUAAUAGUACGUGGUCAUGGCAUCAGCAUCCUUUUUCUUCUCCCGGUCUCCUUUCUUGGCCUCCUCCUCCUUCUUCUCCGGAUCUGUUGCCGGCCCGACCAUCUCGGCGCACCAGUGUUUCCUCACAGCUUGCCCACCACACUCAUGGGGUCAACGAUCUCGUUCUUCGUGUCCAUGGAUACAAAAUCACGAAGAGGAAGAUUACGAGACACAAAGAGAAAGAGGUCUGAUUGAUCACCUUGAAGGCUGGAAACUGCUCUCAUUGCCACCUUCUUGUCCUUGUUAUCGUGGACGUCCACUUUCACCACAACCUUCUGCAAUCACACCGAGGAAUACAACUGUUAGAGAUCCAAGGAAAAGAACACAAGGAACUGGUAAUUGUUGCUGUAGCAGCAAACUUUCUUCUUUAAUGUAUUAGAAUUGGAACUUACCUUCAUGUCAGCUGACAUCUUCUUCAAGAACGAGAGGCGUGGAUGAAGGAAUGCUACCACAGUAAUGAUACGAGUCGAGAGGUAAAUCUAGAGUGCCGCUUGAUCGACAGUCCAGGGCAGGACAGCAUUCGGGUCUGUUUGGCGACGUGGCGAACUCGGACUGGUGAUAGCGACGUGACGUCACCCGAUCAGUCGACGUUGGUGUCAGCCAAUCCGAUUUCCAGAAUAGGGUCGGUAUGCAUGCGAAAGCAUGGAUGGUUCUAGAACGCUGUAUUGGUUCGACCCACUGCCGAUGAGAGAGAACCGAACCGAACUUGGAUUCCAAUUUGGCCGAGUCCGAGUCAGAUUUGAUUUAGAUUGCAACUAAAGUGUCACAUCGGAGUUGACGACGUCCAUCGGAACCGCGUGGCAACUGGCGUUUCAAACUCGGGUUCCAGAAAACGACGAAGGAUUCGUAGCAGCUUCCGCACGGCUUCCUCGCAACUUCCUAUGACCCUCUAUUAUAUUUACGUAAAUUUCCGUCUCUAGCAACACCUCAUCCCACGCCUCGUUCCUCGUCUCAACACUCGGCGGAGAGGGCUAAAAGAUGGCCGCGGACAUGCAGAGACUUGUGGUGAGAGUGGGACUCCGGGGUGACAAGGAUAAGAUCAAGGCAAUGAAAGCAGUUGGCAGUAUUGAAAACGUUGAUUCAGUAUCAGCGGACAUGAAGGACAUGAAGCUCACUGUAAUCGGGAUCUUUGACCCCGUUGCUGUGGUGAGCAAGCUGAGGAAACACUGGCACACCAAUAUAGUCCUCAUCAGCCUGGCAAAUGAACCGGGAAGAGGAAGGAUGAACCAAAGAAGGGAGAGGCGGAGAAGAAAAGAGCUGUUAAUGAACAGAUCGCCGAGCUUACGGCGCCAUAACAAGAAUAUUAGAGGGCUCAUCCUCCUCAUAAGCCAAUCGAAGAUUACAGACAAUUCUUUGGAUACGGUGUAGAAAUCAAAAAGAUAUCCCUCUUGCCUUCAGCUGAUUCCCAAGAACUAACAAGUCUAAAAGGAGUACUCGUCGUUCGAAUAAAUACUAUGCUCAGAUUGUAUGUUAAAUGAGCUGAUUGGGAGUCGAUUAAAUAAGUUUUGUACUUCCAUAUUGCGUAAGGGGAAAAGAAAAGAUUCAAAGAACAGCAAAAUAAAUCUGUUUUGUAGCAUACGUAAAAUAGUUGUCUGUAUCACCUGUUCAUUCAAAUCCAAAGCUCCCGAGUGAUACA